AUGUCCUCUGUUGAAACUACUACCCAAACUUCUGAUUCCUCAAAAUCAGAAAAGAAGGUAAAGCUAUCCAAAGAAGAUAAAAUGGAAAAGAAACAAAAGAAGAAUGAAUUAAUUCAACAUUAUUCAUCUAUGAAACAAGAAGAUCUCUUAAAUGAAUUAAAUAAAAUAACUGGUGAUACUAAAGAGGAUAAGAAAAAGCGUAAGACCAUUCAAAAGGUGAUUGACAUUCAAUCGGGUACUGCAGAGACCAAAAAAGAAAAGAAACCAAAGGACAAGUCUGCCAAGGAGGAUAAAGAAAAGAAGGACAAGAAGAAAGAUAAAAAAGACAAGACUGAUGAUAAAGAAAAAGAAUCAGAAAAAUAA